CUCACCUUCACUAGCCACCCGGUUGUCAUUUCACGCUUCCAACCAGGACUGCGCCAUUGAAUGACGUCACGUAAGCCACGCCCAAUACUACGGUCUCUCACAACAGCCAAAAGACAAAAGCAGAGAACGGAGAGGGCGAGGUGACGUCACCAGGCGACCACGCCUCCUGUUUACCGUUGCCUGGCAACACAUUUGGGGGUUUCCUGUGCGCGUGUGAGGAGGCUGUUAUGGCUAAGUUCGUCCUCGCAGGAAGGGCAGACUGUCCCUACUAUGCCAAAGCAGAACUGCUAGCAAAUUACCUUCAGAAGAACCUGCCAAACUUCCGAAUACACAGAAUUACUCAACAUCCUGAUGACUGGGAGAAGUGGCUUGCAGACAUUUGCAUGAAAAAUGGAUGGAAGCACAACCACUCUCCUAUAAUUUGGAGGGAGCUGUUAGACCGUGGAAGCAAGGGAUUACUACUUGGAGGGUUUAAUGAUUUUAUGGAACAUGCCCAGGAGUAUUACAGUGUCACAUCAGCUAUGUUGAGUGAAAUCAUGAAGGACAUUGCAGCAGAAAAUAUGCAAGCCCACCUUGAUCUGGAAGAAGAGAAAGAGACAAUUAGCCAACAAUUCAAUCCUCUUAAUAUCUGGAUUAUUGGAGCUUCAAUGCCAGCCUGCUAUCAUCUUAUUCCCAUGUUGGCCAGUGGUAAAGUUUUUGGCAUGAAUGAAGAUAUCUGGUUACAUUUAUUGGACCACGACCACUCCCAGGAUACUUUACAAGGAUUAAAAAUGGAGGCUGAAGACUUAGCGUAUCCAUGUCUCCGAAAAGUGACUCUACAUACUAUAACCGAUGAUGUAUUUCUUCAAGCAGACUUUGUAAUUGUCCUUAAUGACAUCCGUGCCAACGAAGAUCAAAGUUCAGAAGCUCAUAUUAGCAAGAUCAAGGACCAGUAUGCUCAGUAUGGAACGCUCAUUGAUCAGAAUGCAAAGAAAGAAGUGAAAGUGAUGGUAUCAGGAAGUACUUAUGUGAACCUCAUAGCCUUGGUUAUAAUAAAAAAUGCCCCAUCUAUCAACUCCCAUAAUAUAGUGGCUCUGCCAACGCAACUGGAGUUUGAAGCAAAAGCUCAAAUAGCAAACAAGCUAAAAAUAAAUUCAUCAGUGAUCAAAGAUGUGAUAGUUUGGGGCAACAUUAGUGGCAUUAACCACCUUGAUCUUCAUCUGGCAAAAGUAUACAGAUAUGACAGUUCUAUUUGGGGUCCAUCAACUUUCUCUAGACCAUUACUACCCCUGAUACACGACAGAAAAUGGCUAAAAAAUGACAUUAUCACAGAGUGGAAAAAACGAAAGGAACAUCGAUCUGGUCUUUCAGCUGCUCACUCCAUUGCUAUUGCCUUAUCCUGUUGGAAACAAGAUUCAGAUAACGGAGGGAUCGUCUCACUUGGUGUCCUCAGUGAAGGUUUUUUUAAUCUUCCAUUUGAUAUUGUUUAUUCCAUGCCUGUUACAUUCCAGAAUGGAGAAUGGCAGGUAUGCGCACAAGUAGCAAUUCAGGAUCAUGUAAAAGAGACAUUGUUACGAGCAGCGGAUGAGUUACUUAAGGAAAAGAGCAUUGCUUUUGGUAUUUCUCAAGAAGAAAAAAUUGUAUCAGAGGAACUUUAAGUGACCAUUGAGGAGGACAAUUCAUCAAAAGAACCAAACCAAGAUUCUUCAUUACUCAGUGGGGUAUCUGACCUGCGCAUCUAAAUUGCAGCGGUUUAUUAUCAUUUGACAUAUUUUCACACAAUGAGGAUCUUUGUCUGUCAUUACAAAAUAAGAUUAAUUGUAAAAAUAAUUAUUUUAACAGAUAUUUAAAUAUAAAAAAAAAAACAUAAAAUGUGAAGUGUUUUAGAUUAUGAGUCUCCACUAUUCCUUUUUUCAAUAUAUUCAAGUGAGAAAGCCAUGCAGGCUGGUGGAAAAAGUGCUAUCUCUAGAUUCUUCUUCAUCAUAAAUACUUUCUACAGCUGCUGUGGUAGUUUGUU